AAAAAAAAAAAAAGUAAAGCUUUCCCUUUUUAUUUAUUAUACUCUUAAUUAAUAAUGUUCUUAACGCGUUCUGAAUAUGAUCGUGGUGUAAAUACUUUUUCACCCGAAGGUCGUCUUUUCCAAGUUGAAUAUGCCAUUGAAGCAAUCAAGCUUGGUACAACUGCUAUUGGUGUUCAAACAUCUGAAGGAGUUGUUUUAGCUGUAGAAAAGCGUGUGUCCUCUACUUUAUUAGAACCUAGUUCAAUUGAAAAAAUUAUGGAAAUUGACGAACAUUUAGGCUGUGCAGUAAGUGGUAUGACAGCUGAUGCAAGAACUAUGAUUGAACAUGCUCGAGUUGCUGCCCAGAACCAUAAAUUUACAUAUGAUGAGAAACUUAAAGUCGAGAGUGUCACUCAAAGCGUAUGUGAUUUAGCAUUACGAUUUGGUGAAGGUGCUGAAGGUGAAGAAUCUAUUAUGAGUCGUCCAUUUGGUGUUGCAUUACUUAUUGCAGGUGUUGAUGAAAAUGGACCUCAGCUUUUCCAUGCUGAUCCUUCAGGAACAUUUAUGAAAUAUCAAGCAAAAGCUAUCGGUUCAGGUUCUGAAGGUGCUCAAACUGAAUUACAAAAAGAAUACCACAAGUCAAUGACUUUGAAGGAAGCUGAAACUCUUGCUUUAAGAGUAUUAAAAUCUGUUAUGGAAGAAAAAUUAAAUAAGACCAACGUUCAACUUGCAGCUGUCACACCAGAACAAAACUUUAGAAUUUAUUCAGAAGAGGAAUUACAACAUGUUAUUGAAAGAUUGUAAAUCAUCGUUCAUUUGACACCCUCUUUCCCCCUCCCCCCUCUCCUUUUUUUUGUGCAUAUUAUUAAAAUAAAGAUAUUUGGAAGAAGCAGUUUUAAAUAAGAAAGAAGAGAAGA